ACUACCAAAAAGCGACAAAACCCGAACUCGCGCAAUCUUUCAAAAGAAAAUCGGGGCCAUAUAACUUGUCGAGUUAUACAAGCCAGUGUGGACUGCACAAUUGCCUUCUUUUGAACGAAUGAACAAGUACGCGCGUUAUGUUGGAUAUAUUUUACCAAUGAUACAGUAAAAAAAAAAAUAGAGCACAGCUAUGUAAAUAUAGUAGUGGCAUUAAUUCGUGGAUUUAUAUGGAGGUUACACAUCGGAAUAUACAAGCUGGAUUACAUCAUUUCAACAUAUUUCAUGCAUGAGGAUUAACAGUUCGCUGUAAUACGGUGUUUUCUCUUGUUCUGCAAAAGUAGAUUAAUUCCCUUAGACGUUGACUCGUUAAUGAGGCAAUUAGAAAAACUUAAUUAUCUGUAGACCCAAGUAGAUAUACUUGAUGAGUGUCUAUAUUUAGACCUAGAUUAUACACGUAGGUUUGACGUCUUGGAGGUGCUAGUGCACAUGUAGACUUAUAAUAUCCUGCAGGAUAACGGAUAUCACACAUUUAUUGUUCAUAAGUCAAGUUUGGAUAUACUGUUCAGAAAACGAGGAUAUAUUAUUUUUACAUGGAUUUAUUGUCUUAAACUUGUCCAAGUGUUCACUGAUGGAGGACAACCCUCACCAGUACGACAUCCCGAUAUGGUUUAACGGGACACAGAACUGGAUGACGGGAUUGACCAAGAGAACCACUUGUGAUGACCUCAUCUACGCCCUGCUCUACAGCAACGCCCUGCACGAGACGGACGCGACGGAAAGCUACGCCAUUUUUGAGAAGUGGCGGGAAGUGGAGCGACCUCUAUCGUCUCGUACAAAGGUUCGCAAAGUCUGGUCGGCGUGGGGAGAAGAACAGCCCAACGUACAACUGAGCAUGCGCAGUCUGGAGGAUUAUUUCCUGCCUGGAGAGUCAAGCCUCUACCUCAGAAGUCGGCGCCGGGGCAAAAAGCCCAGUAGGCACAAAGUUAGGCACACGACACAGUGCAGGUGUCAUAACAAACGAGGCUGUGUCGAGUGCUCCAGGCUCAAGUCUUUAGAACAGCUGGUCAAACUCGUAGUCAAUCAAGAGAGAAAGAUACAGGAGAUAAGUGACCGGAUAUACGAUACAGACGUGCUGAUCGGGAGGCAUGAGUCUAGGAUACACCACCACAGAGUCCAGCAAAAUGGCCAAGACUAUGUCCAGGACUCCUAUCUGAACAGCCGCAGCAGCGAAAGCAGCAGCAGCCUUGACCGCCUCAGCUUUACCAGCCUUGACCUUAAAGACAUCGGCGAGGUCUUCCCAGAGUCCACCUACCACGAACUGGAAGAGAUCUCUCGGCUGUGCAACGACCUGACCCACGUUGAGCGCAGAUUGGAGGAAGAGCGCGCGAAAAUUGAAAAGCUUGAACCGGAAGUAGACGAGCUGUCGCAGAAGAUGGGCUUGGCUGCUGAGAAGGAAGGUGAAACGAACUUGGAGCUUGAAGACACAAGGACUGAGAUGAUCAGGGCGGUGACUCUGCACGUGACCAACGAGUACAACGAAAGGGAACUGGACAGGAAGAUGGACGUCUGUCUUCAUCAGCUGGCCAAGAAGAUGGAGCUGUACCGUGAGUUAAACAACGAUCAAGUUUUCUUGCCUGAUGCUUCUACAGACCCCAGGUCAGCAGAAACUUUGGAAGAAGACGUUUUCCUUCCCAGAGUUCACGACUCGACCUUCACCUCGCAGCACUCUUCUACGGAUGAACAUCAAAAUACUCACACUGUCCUAACAACUAUGUCUGAGAAAAAAGACUUAGGACGCUCUGCUACGGUCUGGGGAACCUCUGACCCUAGCGUCGAAAAUCUAUAUAAAUACCCAUUGACUCAAUCGCCCUUGACCCCCACACAGGAGGUCAGCCAUGAACUGAAACUUCCAUAUCAAAAAAAGAGCGUUACGUUUGCUGGGGAUAACGAUGUUGAGACCCAGUUGCUCGAAAGUUCCAGAAUAACUUUGGCUAACCACAACUUGUCAAGUCGAUCAUUAUCUAGCUCUGCCUUGCCGCCAAAUCAUUUUCAUUCAACUCCAAGUCAACUGGCAUCACAUCAAAGCACACGAAAUCCAACGAAUCCAACCUAUGUAUCGCCCAAUCAAAACUCACCAAGUCAUUUCUCGCCCAAUCAAAACUCACCAAGUCACUUCUCGCCCAAUCAAAGUUUACAAAAACCUUUCCAGUCAUUUUCUAAUGCACAAAUUCAGUUCUCGCCAAAUCAGAACUUGCCAACUCAAAACUCAUCAGGCAUCAAAAAUGAUUCUUCUUUAGAGAGGACCAUUGAUUGCGUGAAAGGUGGGCGUGAUACAGUUGACAACGGCAGGGACUAUUUGGACUCUAGAUGGACAUCUUCAUCUGAACAUCGGCGCACUUCGAUACAGACAAGGGACGGGUUAAAGAUUCGUUCCAGAUCUGCUGACCGGUCCUCAGAGCAUCAAAGAGCUAGGUCACGAGAAUUAAGUCCAGAACGUAUGAACGGUAAAAGAGACAGUACUUAUAUGGACACUCAGAGAGAUAGCAACAUACAUAUUGUCAAUCAAUAUGGCUUAGAGUUGGCGAAACUCCCUGGCCAUUUCAAACACAACAUUAACGGUGGUGUCCGAUCGGAACAUUCGCGCUUCAAUAAAACCCAUACACCAAAAACGGAAAGGGUGAAAGAAAAUGGGGCACAUGAAAGGGAGGUCACUCCAAACAAGGGAGAGAAUUCUCAGCCACAACUCAGGACAGCGCCUGAUUUACCGUCUCGGCAGCCUCGCAACAAUUCGACACAGUCCCGAAAUAUUUGUGCACAAGGCGAGCAGUCCUCGCUCGGGGUCAGCGACACACAUGACACUGUGGGAGGGCGGGAGAGGCAAGGGGAGCAACUCCUUCAACCUAAUAAUGCCAACAAUAGGAUAUUGACUAACAUGGACUCUGGAUCAAGAGGAGACAACAUUCCUCAAACCCAACGGAGUUUAUUGCGGGGGCUAAGGGAUUCCAGUAUCGCAGUCCACAAUAAGGGUCAUUUGUUUGGCCAGGGCAUUAGCGAUUCACAAAGGCCGAGCCAAAACAAUGGUCAGAGCGCUCUACAAGCUAAUGUCAACAAAAGCUCAGGACAGAGACCAGAGCUGACCACACGAGCCGUUGAUUCAAAGGUCGCAUGCGACCCGACAUUGCGUUCGGUCCCGUUACAUCAUGGACAGGUUCAAGUGUCCAGUCGGACCAAUGCGAGCCUGUCAGACAUUAAACAGAUAGUAGACCAUUCAACGCGACAUCAAAGUGUGGACGGAAACGCGCUCGUCAAUCCUAUUAAUAACCCAAAUGAAAUGUUUCCCCACAAACAUUCACACGUGUUGCCAGGCAACCAAGCGCUUGCGCGAGCAAGUCAGAACAGCUCCGCACUUAUAAACAUGGAUGCCGCGAAAAGGACCGAUCACAAUCAUUCAGGGCACGAUCAUUCGUCAGGUAGAGCCAGUGAGUCGCCCCACGCAUUUCCCUCACACUAUUACCUUCCCAGAACCAAUCAAAACAUGUCUGGGUCUUGGAUGCAUGAAGUGGACGUCCACGAGAUUAACACCUGGACUGGUCGAAGUUUCGCCAUUUCUGCGCCUAAAUCGGCCACAGCCUCAGACGACGAAAGUAUUUCUCCAACCUCAUAUGGGCAUUUUCCCGAAACUAGAGAACAAAAAGAAGCGAGGCGACCCAGUGUCGACUCUCUUGGUGAAAGAAAUCUCGACCACCCCGUUUCGAGUCCAGGUCACUAUCGUUUGACAGAAAGUGAUAGUUCAAGCCGCGGCGCUUUGUAUCACAUUGUCACUAGUAAACUGAAUAAAAGCGCGGCCGAGUCUAGUCAGAAUUUCACACGAGAAGAUUCUCGUAUAUAUACACAAAAUGGCUUCCAUCCGAAUUCACCCUCUUACGAUAUUACAAAAGGUCAUAAUGUGUUCGAUAAGGAUAAUAGUUUAGGAAAGCUGCAGACGAUAUAUCCACCUUCGGACGAAGUUCAUUUGAGCCAAUCAAAAGCCGGUAGUGUACAGCAUAACGGCUUUCAAAAUUUCAAACACAUUCAGGACAAGGGAAACAAUCCAAGUUUUCAUAACGUGGCAAAAACAGACUCGAGUUACCUAACUUUAUUUAAUGGCACCUCAGGAAGAGACGUGCUGCAUGCUGCGAGACAAGCCCCCCUUGUCAACAGUCGCUUAGAGAGCGGAAGCAGUUUGAAGCAGAAUCAUCACAGACCGUCCCCCACAUCGCACCAAAGCAGCACCGCCUCAAGCCCCCACCUCCCGGUGACUAGCAGCACUCUUACAGUCAACCUCAAAGACAUUCCGGCUAACCACCAGAAAACGACCCGCGUGAUGAGCGCACGUAACUAUGGAAACACGAGCGCCAGAGUGUUGGCGGACAGGGUCCUGGGCAGGACCAAAUUUGAGGACAUCAAUGACUCUAACUCUGAUACUGGUUUGAGUUCAAUGCACUCUGACGAGACAGCCAACCUGGAAACAUUAGUUUAAGAAAUACUGAAUAUUAGAGAAAGUCUUAUUGGCCAUUUUCAUUUACGGGGGGAAAAACUAUAGCUAGCUGUUUUGGUGUAUCCGGUGUAGAGAAUAAAUAGAGUGUUGAUAAGCUAAGCAUUUUUGAAAAGGUUAUAUAAUCAUUUGAGUGCACUUUUGAGCACUGUUCAGUCAGAUUUUCAAAGCUCUUUCGUUUACAAAAACAAAUAAUCUCAAUAUAGAGAAAGUAUGAAGCUUUUACUCUAUGAAUUAUUUUAAAACAUAUCAGCAACCAACUCGCGGUACUACAAGUAGAGUCGAUAAGAGGAUCAACUUCUACGCAAUGAGAUAUUAGUCAAAUCGCAGCUCCAUUCAUUUUAUUUAGUUGGCAAUAGAGAAAUUCAAUUAGUGUCCUUGACAUUGUUUAGUUUAUCGUGUAAAAUCUCCAACAGAUGUACACAAACAAAUCAUUGUUCAAUAUUAUUGUUAUUUACCUGACAUUAAGAUGACAAGUGUUUUAGUCUACCAGGUUCUCAUGGUACUAUUAGCCUGCAUUGUAUGUAUGUCACGUCAAUUUGUAACAAAUAGGUGCUCAUAGCCAAAGAAUGUUACAAAGAUGUGUAUGAUGUAAUGUGCGUAACUGUGUGUAGGCCCAUUGGGAUAUCUAAAUGUUGAGUGAUGUCAAGUUUAGCUUUCUUUAAUUCGAUUUUUUAAGGCUUGUUGAACAUUGGGCAGGUGGGAGAGCUGUUUGUAAAAACUUAAUUGGAUAACACUCUAAUUCACAGUAGUGAACCUAGACACUAGCGGGAUCAAUGCUCAUUACAAUAUCAGGUGUAGUACACUGGAAAGGGAGAUCAAAAACAAUUCUAACAAAUACAGGUUAUUAGUUGUUAUUGCCCUUUCUAUACCACUACUUUUAGGAAAAACGAAUUGUUAAAAAAUAAAGAUGUUUACUUGUGGGUUAGUCGAAGCAGGAGGCAAAUUUGUUAUCGUGCAGUAGUCGUUAAUUGUUGAUCAACAGUUUAACCGAAAUUUAAAAUAAAAUCCUCUUUGACGAAUAUGCAUAACAUCAUUCACCUGUCUCAUAAUAAACGCUUUGAGAUAUCUAAUUUUCAUAUUUACCUGCCAUUG